ACCAGGAUCCUCCUCCAGGACCAGGAUCCUCCUCCAGGACCAGGAUCCAGGACCAGGACCCCCCUCCAGAUCCAGGACCCCCUGAUGGAGGACUUCCGGAGGACCUACCUGCAGCUCUGUCAGGAGGGCGGUCUGGACCCCCAGGAGAGCCUGCUGGUCCAGAUCCAGCAGAACCGGGUCCAGGGGACCAGACUGGACCUGAGUGGACAGAACCUGACCCUGGAGACCUGCUCGGUCCUGGCCCGGGUCCUGCAGAGGGACCAGGUCUUCACCGAGGUCCUGCUGAGUGACUGCAUGCUCAGCGAGGAAGGAGCCAAAGUUCUGCUGAGUGGACUGAUGGACAACCAGACGGUGAAAACCCUGAACCUGAAGGGCAACAACCUGAGGUCGGGGGGAGCAGAAGUUCUGGGGAAGCUGCUGUCCCGGAACCGGACCCUGCAGAGGCUGCUGCUGGAGUGGAACGGCCUGGGUGUCCUGGAGGAAACCUUCUCCCUGCUGUGUGACGGUCUGGCCUGCAACUCCGUCCUGACCCGGCUGGACCUGCGGAACAACCAGGUCUCCCACCAGGGGGCGGUAGAGCUGGGCCUGGCCCUGAGGAGAAACACAGCCCUGCAGGAGCUCGACCUGCGGUGGAACAACGUGGGUCUCCUGGGGGGCCGGGCCCUGCUGGAGGCCCUGAACCAGAACCAGAGUCUGGUCCAGCUGGAGAUGGCAGGAAACAACGUCCCCAGCGACACCAUGAGAGCCCUGGAGCAGGCGGCGGGACACAACUCGGACCGGCGGUCGGUGCAGAGGGAGAACCGGAGCAGGAGCCUCGUCCUCAGCAAGGAGAUCCAGACGCUGAGGGAGGAGAAGGGACGACAGUUCCUCAGCCUGAUGGAGACGAUCGACAGACAGAGGGACGACAUGGGACGAUCCAGCAGAUCCACCUCCAUCCACAUGGGUCAGCUCCAGGAAGCUCUGAAUGAGAGGAAAUCAGCGGUCAACUCCCUCACUGCCAAGUUACAGAUGGCCGAGGCCGCCCUGGCUCUGUCUGAGCAGAAGAACCAGAGUCUGGGGGAACUGCUGACCCGGGAGAAGGAGGAGAAGGAGGAGCAGAAGGAGACGCAGAGCCGGCUGAGGAGCAAAGACCAGGAGGACGCUGCAAACCGGGAGGGAAAGCUGCUCAGAGAAAUCCACAACCUGACGGAGAACAACGGACAGCUCCGGAACAAGGCCGAGGAGCUGGAGAUCCGGUCCAAGUCCCAGCAGCAGCAGAUCUUUGAGCUGAAACAGGAAGUGACCAACAGCACGGCCGAGCUGAAGAUGCGUCUGGCGCAGGCGGAAGAUCGUCUGGAGUCGGAGAAGAGAAGGUCCAAACAAGCCCUGGAGGACGUGGACGGUCUCCGGCAGAAGGAGGUGGAGCACCUGAACCGGCACCUGCAGGAGAGCGAGCGGGUUCUGCAGGAGCGGAUCUUCAAGCUGGAGGGGCAGCGGCUGCAGCUGGAGGAGGAGCUGAGCAGGACCAAAGCGGCCGCCGUGACGGAGAGGGCCGAGGCCGAGGAGGAGCUGGGGAGGGUCCGAGCUCAGGCUCGUCUGCAGGAGCAGGAGCAGCAGGCGGCGGCGGAGGAGAAGCUGCGGUCGCAGCGCUGCAGGUUCCAGGAGCUGCAGCUGCAGAACAACCAGCAGAAGCAGAACAUCAACGACCUGCAGGCCCGGAUCAGCCGGCAGAACAACGAGACGGACGCACUCCGUAGGAGACAUGAGGAGCUGCAGCAGGAACUAGCAGGGAAGGAUCAGGAGCAGCUAGCGGCCGUUAGCCGCGCUAAGCUGGAGCUGCAGGAGCAGCUAGCGCAGCUACAAGCUGAGACGGCGGCGCAGGCAGUUCUGAGGUCGAAGGUCAGCGCGCUGGAGAGAGAACUCAGAGGUCUCUCCUCUGACCACCAGGAGGCGCUGCUGGACCAGCAGAGCCAGAGAAAGUCUCUGCAGGAGAAGCUGCGGCUGAAAGAGCUGGAGAUCCAGAGGAUGAAGGAGGACCAGAACCAGAGGGGGGCCCUGCUGCAGGGGGCCGUGCUGGCCUACGUCCAGGGGGGGCCCCUAGGGGCCCACGGGCCCCCCUAGACCUGAACCAGGCCCUGCUGGG